AUGAAGCGUGUGUUUGAGAUUCCGGGCCGUACCCACGGCAUCGGCAACAUUCAAUUCAAGUGGCAGCGGGUUAAGGGCAACUUCCUCGCCACCUCCGGUGCGAACCGCAAUGUGUACAUCUUCGACCGCAAGGGCAAAUCCGUGGCCGAGUUUUCGCUUCCAGGAAAAUGCACCAGCAUGGACUGGGACAAGAACGGUAACCAGCUCGCCGUCGCCCACGAUGGCGGAGCCACCGUGUUCAUGUGGGACUCCAACACCAAGGACGUGUCCCAGGUGGAAACAGGCCUCAAGGGCACCCUCACAUUCGUGAAAUGGUCCAAGGUUGGUCUUCAGUUUGUCGUCGGCAACAACAAGGGCGACGUCUGCAUCUACAGCGUCGAAACCGCCCGCAAGCUGCCCAUCCUUGGCAAGCACCGCGGCCCCAUCCUUAGCUGUGACUGGAACGCCGAGAACAAGUUCACCGUCGCGUCGAGCGACCAGACCAUCUCGAUCAACACCAGUGAUGGCGACACGCUGGCGCAGCCGCUGCUGGAGCACGAGCCGACCCUCGUGCGCUGCUUCGACCCAAAGCCAAGCAUGCUCAACAAGGACGUCUCGGUACGCGGUGCCUGCCAGGGUAUGAGUGUUGUCCUUGACAAGAAGACGCUGCUGCUGUUCAAACCAGACGAUCCGGACCACCCGAUUGAGCUCGCCUUUCAGACCCGAUACGGGAACAUCGUCGACUACUCAUGGUACUGCGCCCUGCUUCGGGGCUUCUGCGAGAGCGGAUUUCUACACGUUAUUAUAUACGCGCCUAUGACUUUGGGAGCAUUUGAGUCGGAAGACAUCUCCAAACUAAGCACUAGUGUGAGUGAUUCAGCCAACGAGUGUGUGCACGCCGUUUGUCGUGGUGUCUGUGCCGCCAAACCCCCCCCCCCCACCGUUCGAAGAGUAUUGACUUUGUGUGCACGUGUGUGGUUUCGUUUCACCUCAGGCCUGCUGGACACGAUGUCGUGGACAGACGACGGGCAGCUCCUCUCCAUCAGCACCGAAAACGGCACGCUGUACACUUACCUGACAAAGCUGCCGCUGCUCGGCGACGUCUGCGACACCUCUGUCGCGUACCUCUCCUCUCUCCAGGAGCUGACGGUGUUGCCGGACGAGGGUGCGCCGAUCAAGAUCAAGCUGCCGAUUGAGCCCGCGACCGUCGCUGUGGACGAGUUCUACGCAGCCUGCGGGAUGAACAACACCGCGUGGUUCUUCCUCCUCGAUGACGGACGGGCGGAGGAAAUCGACACUGAGCCGCGCACAUACACGGGCAGCAUCAAGUCCAUCAAGCUGUGCGGGCAGUACGCAGCUGUGCACUGCGGGAAGAAGGUCCACCUGCAUCUUGUCGAGUCGCAUCCUGAGGACGACAUGCCCAACUCGGAGAAGAUGUUCCCUGCAAAGUCAUCGGACGUCAUCGACGGCGUCGCGCUCACAAAGAAUUUCCUGAUCUACUCGACGACGGAGGGCGCCGUGUACUACUUCUCCCUCGAGGACUGGCAGUUUGUCAACGAGUACAAGCACCCCUGCGGCCUGAGCGGGCUGACGGCAGACAGCAGCGGCACACGCGUUGCAUUCAUUGACGCAAAGGGGGAUGGUAUCAUCUACAGUCCCGUUGAUGACACGACGCUGACGCUGCCCAACUUCCCCAGCCGCCCAAAGGGAUUCGUCUGGGACGUCGCCUGCGAGGAAAAGGUGUUCAUCGUGUACGAUGAAGAGAACAUCUACACCUACGUGGAGCACUCGGAGCACAUUGACGGUGCCCACUGCGAGUUUGUUGGCCUGACGAAGCUGCAGUACGGGCUGGUUCCCAUUCGCCUUGACGACGGCCGCGUCACAUGCCUCACCCCGAGCGGCAAGACCACGGCGGUGACGCUGUCCACGCACGAGUUCCUGCAGCCGGAAGAAGUGAAGGACGCAGAGCUCUCGGAUGCCAUCGCGUCCAACAUUGCCAUCUGCAAGUUUUCGAGUGCGUUUGCGCUGCUGCACCGCAUGAAGGCAUCUUCUCCCUCGCAGGCCCAGGCGCUCUUUGACAAGCUCGCCGCCGCCUGUCUCCAGUGCCUCAACUUCAACAUGGCGCUCCACGUGUACCGUCUGGCUGGAAACGCCAAGAUGGUGCAGCGCCUCCGCUCCCUCGAGUUUGUUGAGGAUCGCCACUUGCUUGCUGGUCACAUCUUCCUCUUCAACAGCGAGCCAAGCAAGGCCGAAGACCACUUCCUCAAGUCCUCGCGCCCAGAAGAGGCCCUCAACAUGCAUCGGGAUCUGCUGCAGUGGGAGCAGGCGCUGAAUCUCGCCGGCCGCUUCUCAAAGAAGGACAUCCCCGCCCUCUCCCGCGAAUACGCGCAGCAGCUCGAGUUCCAGGGCAACUGGACAAAGGCGCUGCAGAUGUACACGAGCGCUCUCAACGGCGACAAGAACGACCGCAAUCACGUGCUGACGUGCAAGGCCGGCAUGGCUCGCACCGCCAUCCGUCACGGAGACAUCAACCAGGGCAUUUCGCUGGCCAACGAGCUGUCUCAGAAGCCGCUCUAUCGCGAGUGCGCAGCUGCACUUGAGGACAUGAACCAGCUGAAUGAGGCUGCUGAGAUGUAUGAGCGGGGCGGGCAGUACGACAAGGCCGCCGCCAUCUUCAUCAAGAGCAAGAACUGGCCAAAGGUUGGCCAGUUGCUCCAGCAUGUCUCGUCGCCAAAGCUCCACGCUCAAUACGCAAAGAGCCGCGAGGCCGACGGGAGCUACAAGGAGGCUGUAGCGGCAUAUGCUGCGGCCAACGACCACCUGUCUGUGAUUCGCCUCAACCUCGAGCAUCUCCGCAACCCGGACGAGGCCGUUCGUGUCGUCAAGGAGACGGGCUCGAUUGAGGGCGCCAAGAUGGUUGCAGACUUCUUCCGCAAGCUUGGCGACUUUGAGUCUGCGGUGCAGUUCCUUGUUCUCUCGCAGGCCAACGAGGAGGCGUUCAAGAUGGCCCAGGAGCACAACCAGCUCGGCGUGUAUGCGCGCGUGCUUGAGUCCAACGGCGGAACAACAGACGACUAUCGCCGUGUCGCCAAGUCGUUUGACAAGGUCAACGAGCCCGUGGAGGCGGGCCGCUUCUACUGCAAGGCCGGCGACUACGAGCUCGCGAUCACGCGGCUGCUGUCCACGAGUGCUGGCGACAACACGAACAUUGAGCUCGCGAUUGAGGCUGUUGGUCUCGCCAAGAACGAGUCGCUCACGCAGAAGGUGGUCGACUACCUCAUGGGCUCCACAGACGGCGUGCCAAAGGACGCGAGCUAUCUGCUCAAGCUGUAUCUCGCUGCUGAGCGCUUCAAGGAGGCCGCACGCACUGCAAUCAUUAUUGCCGCCGAGGAGCGCACGGCUGGCUCGUACCGCACAGCGCACGACAUUCUGUUUGACAUGUACAACCAGCUCCGUUCCCGCGGCGUCGCUGUGCCGCCCGAACUCUACGAUGACCUCGUCCUCCUCCACAGCUACAUCCUCGGAAAGAUCCACCUGCGUCGCAACGACCAUCUCAAGGCUGCGCGCAUGCUGAUCCGCGUUGCCGACAACAUCAGCAAGUUCCCCGCGCACGUCGUGAACAUCCUCACGUCCACCGUCAUCGAGUGCUUCCGUGCAGGUUUGAAGGCGUCCGCGUUCAAGUUUGCUGCCAUGCUGAUGCAGCCUGAGAACCGCCAGAAGCUCGACCCGAAGUACAAGAAGAAGAUUGAGACCAUCGUCCGCAAGAAGGAUCUGACGGAGGAAGAGGAGGAGACGUGCAUGUGUCCGUACUGCGGCACCAUGCUCAAGAACACCAUCCUCGAGUGCUACGCAUGCAGCAACAAGCUGCCAAUGUGUGUUGCAUCCGGCUACUUUGUCCCCAAGAGCCAGCUCGUCAUUUGCCCGUACAAAUACUCUGCGGCACGCAAGGCGGAAAUCGAUGCGCUCAUGCUGACGGAAGAUUCGCUGCCAAUGGCAUACGACACCAAGUCCUCAUACACCAUUCCAGAGGAUGCGAUGGAGUUCCUAAACGCGUUCCGGUCGAGUUUUGACAGCUCUUCGGCGUCCGCGGACAACGGUGAUGAGUACAUUGAUGUCGCCGGGGAUGGACAGGACGACGACGAUGACAGCGAGGGCGACGUUUGAGCCGCCAGUGCCGCCACUCGCUGUUCGUGCCAUGUUCCUUUUUGUUGCUGGUGUUUCCCUGCUCUUGUUGGUUUGAUUUGCUUUUCGCCUGUCGUUCUCUCUUCUUUUUUGUCUCUCGGUGUGCAUGUAUGCUCAAUACAGCACCGCCAACGCA